AUGAACUACCCCAUGACCCUGGAUGUGGACCUCUUGAACUACAAUCUGGAGGACGUGGGCUGGGAAGUGUCGGAAUUCCUCAACUACAAUGACAGCACGGAGCCCACGCAACUGGAGAGCCACUUCUGCUCCAGCGCCGAGGGGCCCCUCCUGAGCUCCUUCAAGGCUGUGUUCAUGCCCGUGGCCUACAGUCUCAUCUUCCUCCUGGGCAUGCUGGGUAACAUCCUCGUGCUGGUGAUCCUGGAGAGGCACCGGCAGACACGCAGCUCCACCGAGACCUUCCUGUUCCACCUGGCCGUGGCCGACCUGCUGCUCGUCUUCAUCCUGCCCUUCGCCGUGGCCGAGGGCUCCGUGGGCUGGGUCCUGGGGACCUUCCUCUGCAAAACGGUGAUCGCUCUGCACAAGAUCAACUUCUACUGCAGCAGCCUGCUCCUGGCCUGCAUCGCUGUCGACCGCUACCUGGCCAUCGUCCACGCCGUGCACGCCUACCGCCACCGCCGCCUCCUCUCCAUCCACAUCACCUGUGCUACCGUCUGGCUGGCGGGCUUCCUCUUUGCCUUGCCAGAGAUUCUCUUCGCCAAGGUCAGCCGGCCCCACCACAACGACUCCCUGCCACGCUGCACCUUCUCCCAGGAGAACCAAGCCGAGACCAACGCCUGGUUCAUCUCCCGCUUCCUCUACCACGUCGGGGGCUUCCUGCUGCCGAUGCUGGUGAUGGGCUGGUGCUACGUGGGCGUGGUGCACAGGCUGUGCCAGGCGCAGAGGCGCCCUCAGCGGCAGAAGGCAGUCAGGGUGGCCAUCCUGGUGACCAGCAUCUUCUUCCUCUGCUGGUCGCCCUACCACGUCGUCAUCUUCCUGGACACCCUGGCCAGGCUGAAGGCCGUGGGCAACAGCUGCGAGCUGCACGGCUCUCUGUCGGUGGCCAUCACCAUAUGCGAGUUCCUGGGCCUGGCCCACUGCUGCCUCAACCCCAUGCUUUACACCUUUGCCGGCGUGAAGUUCCGCAGCGACCUCUCUCGGCUUCUGACCAAGCUGGGCUGCGCCGGCCCCACCUCCCUGUGCCAGCUCUUCCCCAGCUGGCGCAAGAGCAGCCUCUCCGAGUCCGAGAACGCCACCUCCCUCACCACCUUCUAG